AUGCCGCAUGCGGAAUCGACCCGAUCCCAGUGCAACAGUGCAACAUGGGUGCAGAAGCACCGCGAGGAGGUCCGGGCGGCGGCGCGCCUCGCCUACGGCGGCCUCUCGACGGCGCGCCUCGCGCAGACGCCGGGCGAGGAGUACUGCGACAUCACGUGCGUAGACGCGGCCACCGGCCAGCCGCUGCCGCUCCGCCGCCGCUGGAUCGCCGUCUUGCUUGGGGCGCUGACGCCGUACCUUGCUCUCCGCCUCGAGGCGCGGCUCGUCUCCGCGGCCCGCUCCUCCGAGUCGCCCCUCGCCGCCGCCCUCGCCGCGCGGCUCGGCUCGUUCGGCGAGGCGCUCCGCCGGCUGCAGCUCGCUCUCUUUUGUCUCGGCCGCGCUCCCCGUCGGCUGGUCGACGCGCCGCUCGGCAUCGCGCACGUGCGGCACGGCGCGCGGGCCGGGUCGGCCUCGUCGCCGUACCGCUCCCUCGGCCUGCUCAUGCUCUGCCAGCUCGCCCUCUCCUCCCUCGCCCUGCUCGCCGAGCUCCGCGCCGCCGCCUCCGCCCGCAGCCGCCUCCGCGCAAUCGCGCUUGAUUUCAAAUAA